AUGGAUAUCGUCUUCACCAAGGAUGCCGCCCCGCCUGCUGGGCCUUACUCCCAGGCCAUCAAGACCCCAACGGCAAUCUACUGCUCGGGUCAGAUCCAUUUUGACCCUGAGGGCAACCUGAUCCAGGGCACCAUCCAGGAGAAGACCGCUGCUUGCAUCCGCAACCUCAAGGCCGUUCUCGUGGCUGCUGGCUCUGACAUCAACAAGGUUGUCAAAGUCAACAUCUUCCUCAAUGACAUGAACGACUUUGCUGCCAUGAACGAGGAGUACAGCAAGUGGUUCACCCACAAGCCUGCUCGCAGCUGUGUUGCUGUCAAGACACUCCCAAAGAACGCCGACGUCGAGCUUGAGGCUAUUGCACUGCCCUGA